CUCAGCUCGAAGUCUACACGAGUCCACCCAGAAAACACAAAAUCUAGAUCUCAGAUCAACGGCCCAGAUUCCCUCCGGACCUCAACCCAUCCUUUCAAUCCACCUCUUAUUCGUCCAUCUUCAUCUCUCUCAAAUCACUGGAAGAAAAUCUAGACAGAGAAAAAGUAGGAGAGAAGGAUUAAGACCUCCAUUGCAGAUCAACUCAGCUCAGAUCCAAUUUCACAGUCUCCAUUUUCUUCUCCAAAAGUCAACACCACAAAAUCACAGACCCUCCGAAAGGUCAGACCCUCUCUCUUCGCCGCAGAUCUAGAAGAACUUUCUCCAAACUCAACGUGAUCGGCAACAAUGGCUCCGAGCACGAUCCGCAAAGCGAUCGGAGCUGUGAAGGAUCAAACAAGCAUCGGAAUCGCGAAAGUAGCAGGCAACUUGGCUCCGGAUCUGGAAGUGGCGAUCGUGAAAGCGACGAGUCACGACGACGAACCAGCGGACGAGAAGUACAUUCGAGAGAUCUUGCAAUUGACUUCGUACUCGAGAGGCUACGUGAGUGCUUGCGUAGCAUCAGUAUCGAAGCGAUUGGGGAAAACUCGAGAUUGGAUCGUUGCUUUGAAGAGUUUGAUCGUGGUUCAUCGCCUUCUCUCCGAUGGCGAGCCUGUGUUUCAGCAAGAGAUCACGUACGCGACUCGUAGAGGGACUCGGUUGUUGAACAUGUCGGAUUUUCGAGACGAAGCGCACUCGAAUUCGUGGGACCAUUCGGCUUUUGUGAGGAGUUAUGCUCUGUAUUUGGACCAGAAAUUGGAGUUGAUUUUGUAUGAGAGGAAGCAAAGUGGUGGUGCUUCUGGUUCUGGUUCUGGUGGUUCUGAGAUUGAGAGGUAUGGAUCGAGGGAGGAGCGGUGGCGAUCGCCGCCGAAUCGGGCUUACGAGUAUGAUUACAAUGAGUUUAGAGACGAACCGGGUUAUGGAAAUUAUGGGAUGAGACGGUCGAGAUCGUUUGGGGAUGUGAGGGAGACUUCGGGGGAGGAGAAGAAAGAUGUGACCCCAUUGAGGGACAUGAGCCCCGAAAGGAUUUUCGGGAAAAUGGGACAUUUGCAGAGGCUUUUGGAUAGGUUAUUGGCGUGUAGACCCACCGGUAUGGCCAAAAAUGGGAGGAUGGUGUUGGUUGCUCUGUACCCUAUUCUUAGAGAGAGUUUUAAGCUCUAUGCUGAUAUUUGUGAGGUUUUAGCUGUGUUACUUGAUCGGUUUUUCGACAUGGAGUAUUCGGAUUGUGUUAAGGCUUUCGAUGCGUAUGUGAGUGCUGCGAAGCAAAUUGAUGAGCUUGUAGGGUUUUAUAAUUGGUGUACUGACAUUGGCUUGGCAAGGUCAUCAGAGUACCCGGAAGUGCAGAGGAUUACGGGCAAGUUAUUGGAGACUUUGGAGGAGUUUGUGAGGGAUAGAGCGAAAGCGUUGAAGAGCCCAGAGAGGAAAGUAGAGCAACCGGUGGUGGCUCAAGAGGAGCCCGUGCAAGACAUGAAUGAAAUAAAGGCAUUGCCAGCGCCAGAAAAUUACACACCUCCGCCACCACCUGAACCGGAGCUUCCUAAGCCUCAGAAACAGCAAGAGGCUGGGGAUUUGGUGGAUUUGAGGGAUGAGGCUUUGUCUGCUGAUGAUCAGGGGAAUAGAUUUGCCUUGGCAUUGUUUGCGGGUCCUGUGGCGAAAAAUGGAAAUGGGUCUUGGGAAGCUUUUCCAUCGAAUGGGGAACCGGAAGUAACCUCUGCUUGGCAGACUCCGGCAGCUGAAACUGGCAAGGCUGAUUGGGAAUUGGCCCUAGUUGAAUCAGCAAGUCAUCUAUCGAACCAAAAGGCAAUGAUGGGUGGUGGGCUUGACCCGUUGUUAUUGAAUGGCAUGUAUGAUCAAGGAAUGGUUAGGCAACAUGUUAGCAAUGCCCAAUUAAGCGGUGGCAGUGCCAGCAGCGUGGCAUUGCCGGGGCCAGGGAAGAGCGCAACGCCUGUUUUGGCUCUUCCGGCCCCGGAUGGAACCGUUCAGACGGUUGGGCAGGACCCAUUUGCUGCGUCGUCGUUCAUUCCACCGCCUCCGUAUGUCCAAAUGGCAGACAUGGAGAAGAAACAGCAAUUGCUUGUGCAGGAGCAAAUUGUAUGGCAACAAUAUGCUAGUCAGGGAAUGCAAGGCCAAACUAGUUUGGCCAAGAUCAGUGGCGGCGGAUACUAUGCACCGGGUGUUCAACCAAUGAUGAUGCCUUAUGGAAUGCCGCCAGUAAACGGGGUGGGGCUACCACCGCCUGGGUAUUACCACACUACUCCUUACUGAUUUUUCGAAUUAUGUGUUAUAUACGUGACUUGUUUGUUUCUUUGUAUAAUGUUCUCUUUCUUGUGUUUAUUAUUCCUCGCCCAUUACUGUAUUCGAAUGUGACCUUAUUCCUGCUAUUUGUGCACAACAAUGGGGGAAUUGAGAGGUAAAGGGCAAGGGGAAAUGAGCUGAAGAGAUUAUUAUUGCUCAUGAGGGAUUUGAAUGUUGGGUGCUUUGUAAUCCAAUUAUGAUGUCUCUAUGUUUUGUAAUAUUGGGAAUAUUCUUGGCAUCAUUAUGUUUUUUUCUUUUUUUUGAUCAGCAUCUUUAUGAUUUUUAUGUGAUGCUUGUUUCAAGAACUUGUGGCUACCAAAUUUAUUGUAGUGAAGUAGUUUUUAUUUAUUUC